AUGGGCUCGACGCUGUCUCUGCCGGCCACCGCCGCCGCCGCCGAUGCCGAACCCCGGGUGACGCCGGCCUCGGCGCCCACGGGCCCUACACCACCAUCCUCACCACCAGGGACCACGGCCAGAAGCGAUGACGAUCCGCUGCAAACGGCGCAGAAACAGGUGCUGCCUCAGCAGCAACAACAAUUAACCCCUCCUCCGUCUCCUCCGCCAAAUACAUACACAUUUCCCGCCAAGAAGCUCAAGCGCCGCCUCACGCAACCCGGCAAGACGCCGCUCGUGCUCGUCGCCUGCGGCAGCUUCUCGCCCAUCACCAAGCUGCACGUGCAAAUGUUUGAGCUAGCGACGCGCCACAUCCCGCGGACCAAAUUCGAGAUUGUCGGCAAUUAUCUGAGUCCUUGCAGCGACGCAUACAACAAAUCCUCCCUCGUCCCCGCCCACCACCGCCUGCAAAUGUGCACCCUCGCCGUCGACAACCUCGCCACCACCGCCAUCCAGGUCGACGACUGGGAGGCCACGCGCGUCGACGCCGCCGGCCGCCCGCUCUACAGCCGCACCGCCGACGUCCUGCGCCACUUUGACUCGGCCAUCAACGACGACCUCGGCGGCAUCGAGUCCUGCGACGGCUCCUCCAAGUCCCCGGCCCGCAUCAUGCUGCUCAUCGGCGCCGACCUCGCCCUCACCAUGAGCAACCCCAAGGUCUGGGCGCCCGCCGACAUCGACGUCCUGCUGGGCUACUACGGCGCCUUCAUCGUCGAGCGCCCGCAUCAGUGCGCGAUCCGCGACGCCGUCGCGCCGCUGAGCAGGUACAAGGACAACAUCUGGGUCGUCGACUCGUUUGAGAAUGAUAUAAGCUCCACAAAGGUCCGCGCGCAAAUACAGAACCGCGAGCAGUCGAUGGAUAUACCCGGCGCCGUCUUUAAAUACAUCAAGACGCAUCGUCUAUAUCUGGAGUAG